AGAUACUUACACGUUGAAAUAGUAAACAAGCUAUGUUUUGAUUUGGAAAAAAAAGUUUUGAAAUGGUUUUGUAAAUAAAUUUCAAUUAGAAUACUUAAGUAUUUAAGUCGAAUUCAUUGGCAUUUUCAAUCAAUUGUCCCAAAUGUUAAGACUGAGAAAACAUUUGAAUGGCGUUUCAUCCAAUAAAAAACCAAGUGACUUGAAGAAGGGCACUCAUAGCACGUGCGACAUAAUCAAACAAACCAUUCAAAAUAUUAAAAAAAGUCUAAGAUUUUGUUAUGCUAUAUCAUGCGUUCAAUGGUGGAAAAUAUUACCUCCGACAUAUAAAUUCUUUUUAAUCGUAAUAUUUCUAGUUGUGUUGUUGGUUUCGUAUUUGUAUGUACAAAAAUUUGUAAAUUACUUGCAACACGCCACUGGCGAUGAAGGCGAAACGAAGAAAUUCAUUCCAAAUCCCGAGUAUCCAUUGCCUCCGUCCGCUUCAAUAUUGCAUCAGUUUAAAAACGGUGCCGUGUGCUCGGAUUCGGAACAAUGCAGUAAAAUAGGCAGUGACAUAUUCGAUCAAGGUGGAAAUGUCGUUGAUGCGGCCAUUGCUACAUUGUUCUGUAACGGCAUUGCAACCGCUCAAAGUAUGGGAAUUGGCGGUGGUUCUGUCAUAAACCUCUACAUACACAAAGACAGAAAGUCGUAUUCAUUGAAUUCCAAAGAAACGGCACCGCUAGCCGCAACCGGAGAUAUGUUCAAAACAUACGAAGAAUACCAACACAGCCCAUUGAGUAUUGGAGUUCCUGGCGAAGUAAGAGGAUAUUGGGAAUUACAUGAGAAAUUCGGUUCUAUGCCAUGGAAAUCGCUGAUUAAACCAGCCAUCAAAGUCUGCGAAGAUGGAUUCAAAAUUACAAAACAUAUGGCCGAUUUUAUUGCACCAGCACUUUUCACAGACAAUCAUUUUAGAAAAACUUUCUUUGUGAAUGGUACUAAUACUCCACGUCGAGAAGGCGAACAUGUAAAAUUUCACCCGGAAUUGUGCGACACUUACAAAAUGAUUGCCGAAUACGGUGGCGAUGAUUUCUACACUGGUACAUUGGCCAACUUAAUCGUCGACGAUUUGCGUGACCUUGGCAGUAUUAUUACGAGAAAAGAUUUGGAAUCAUACAAGUCACGGUGGGAAGAGUCCUUAUCAGUGCCUAUAAAAAAUAAUGUUGUGCAUGUGCCACCGUCGGGUGGUGGGCCUCUAGUUGUAUUUAUUUUGAAUGUUCUACGCGGCUACAAUAUGACAUCGAAAUCUAUUGCAACUGAAGAAGAACGCAUUCUAACAUAUCACCGUUUUAUUGAGUCCUUUAAAUAUGCGUUCGGAUACCGCACAAAAAUCAAUGAUACGGGUCUACCACCGGAGCUUGCGCGAAAGAUACUCUCAACAGAGUUUGGCAAUGAAAUCCGUGAGCAAAUAAAUGACAAUGGAACGUCGCAUGAUCCAAAGCAUUAUGGUGGUGAAUUUCAAGUUAUUAAUGAUAAAGGGACAUCGCAUAUGUCAAUAAUUGCACCGAAUGGAGAUGCAAUAUCCGUAACAUCAUCGAUUAAUUACUAUUUCGGCGUUGGAAAAACUGGCAAACGAACUGGAAUCAUUUUCAAUAAUGCAGUGAGUGAUUUUGGUGUGAAGAAUUUCAAAGACUACUACGGCUUACAGCCAUCGCCAAGCAAUUUUAUUGCACCCGGCAAGCGUCCAACUUCUUCGGUGAGUCCUACUAUUGUAACCGAUGAUAAUGGCGAGGUGCGAUUAGUCGCUGGCGCUGCGGGCGGUGUGAAAAUUCCAACUGCUAUAGCAAUGGUUAUUGCCGGCAUGUUUUGGUUUGAUCAUAACAUCAAAGAAGCUGUAGAUGCACCACGAAUACAUCAUCAGCUUAUACCGAUGGAAGUACAAUACGAAUAUGGAAAUACGCAGCAAUUAAUCACGGGUCUGGAGUUGAUCGGCCAUAAAACGAAUCGAUACAGUGAUCGUGGCUCAGUGGUGUGCGCAAUAGCUAAAAAUCAAUCGGGAAUAUUUGCCAAUGCUGAUUAUCGUAAAGCUGGCGAAGUUGUUGGACUAUAACUGAAUAAAAUUGAUUCAAAUCUCUUACACAAUGACGGGAAAGGAAUGUGCACAUUUUUAACUAGUGACAAUGUCAUUGAUAUAAAAGAAAAUAAACAAUUUUGAUUGAAUAAA